AUGUCAAAUCUCCGCUCAGAUCUCCAGAAUUCUGAAUCUAGGCCGCAAAGUGAGGGAAGAGAGCGCCCUUACAGGUCCCACUCCAGGCCAGCAUGCUUAUCCUGCCGAAGUCGAAAAUCACGAUGCACGCAAGAGGCGAACUUCACCAUUUGCCUAGCAUGUCGUGCUCACGGUACAGAGUGCUUGUACCCAGAGAAACGGCGCAAGAACUACAAAAACCAUGUUCCCUAUAGCCGCAAUCAAUCUCGGUUGCCUACGAAGGAUUUGGUGAUUCCAGCAACUCCCCAACCUGAUCUUAAUACUGCACAGUCUCAACAUCCCCGUACAACGCCGACAUUUCAAUUAGCUCCAUCUCCCCAAAUUAAUCAAUCAGAAUGGCCAAAUACAUGCGCGACUCAAGAUACACCCUUGGCUCUUGACGCUGAGAAUGAUAAUCCACAUAUCAUCGGUCCAGCUAUUGUACGCGAUAGCCACGUGCUAGUUGAUUAUCUCUCUUCUGCUCCUGGGAAUCAAGGAAUGCGUUCCAUCCGAUGUGCUCAGCCUAGUGGCUCGUCGCCUAUAGUUUUCACAAAGGUUGAGAAAAGACCACUUGGAAUGUUGCUCAACUCAAAUCCGGCAUUCCAAAAGCUCCAGAUAAUUGAGAAGCUCCUCGAGCCUUGGGGAUCGCAUCUGGUUGAACUAUACAUGAAGAAGAUAAACCCAUGUUUUCCACUUUUCGAUGCAAGCAGCUUUCAAGCGCAAUAUCAUAAUGCUAAAGACCGUAUUUCUCCAGCUCUUCUGGCGUGUCUUUAUGGACAUAUGCUCCCUUUCUGGAGAUAUGACCCGAAGCUAUCCCAGGUGCGACGUCCAGACGACCGAUUCAUCUGGAAUUUAGCAUGCGAGGCUCUCUACUCGGAACUUCAUCUAUCGCCUGGAAUAUCUACGAUAACUGCAAUUCUCAUCAAUGUCAAUGGGCGUCCAACAACUUCAAUGAUUGGAAAUGGCGUUCAGUUUGGCGCAGCAGUCGCUCUCUGCAAUUCCCUAGGACUGAACCGCAAUCCGAUUCCUUGGGAUAUUCCAGAUUCAGAAAAACAUUUCAGAAUAAAGAUCUGGUGGUCCGUGCUGAUUCAUGAUCGCUGGUCAAGUCUGUCAUAUGGCACUCCACCGCAUAUAAGACGAUUCCAAUAUGACGUUCCGCCCCCAAAGAGCGAAUACUUUAUUGGCCAAUAUGAAAGUGCAGGUGCUCUUGAAGUUUUUAUUGCGCUUGCAGAGUUGACUAGCAUUCUCGACUAUUGCCUUGAAGAAGUCUACAAUAUUACUGUGCCGAGUUCUGAGUGGAACCUCCAUUUGAAGCUCAAUAAGUGGGUCGAAACUCUAAGAGGCGACGUCCGUAAGAUCAUUAUUCGCGGUGUCAAGCUAGAUAUUCCCGGUGCAUCAAAUCUCCGCCUGGCCUACUUAUCCAUGAAGCUACUCAUUCAGCGAAUCAAUCUCGAUAGAGGGCGGCAAAGCUCUGACUCGAGCCCAGAACUAUUAGCCAAUCAGAGCAUCAAUGCUCGAAGGACUACAGAAGAAAUUGUAAUUCUAGUCCAGGAACUUCAAGAAGCGCAGCUCGGCGACUUUUGGCUUCCUGUGGCAGCUUUCACGUUUGUUUCCACCGUCACAUUUCUUAUCCGAGUUGCUCUUGAAAUGGAGCAAAGCCCUGAUGGACUCUCAAACAGUCCAUCUCUGCUGAUGGCAGAUGAAUUUCUUACAUCCCUAAGAGUCCACAAAGAGAAUAUGGGGUGGGAUCUAGCCGAUAUGUGUCUGGCUCAACAUUCAGAAGUUGUUCAAACGCUAUUGAGAUCAACACCGACUGCUGAAAAGUUUCGUGAUGCAACGAGUCUCCAUCAACAUCAGCCAUACAUUCCAGAUAUGGCUUUUAUUGACGCCAUGUUUCCGAGCAUUUGGGAUACUUUACAAAGCAUGUAUCAAGAAUGA